AUGGCAGUCGACGCAGUUGCACCUCUGCCGUCACUGCAACAACCGCCAACGGGCGAUGUUGGCGACGGCGCUUCGUCUCUCAUCGGCCAGCUUCCACCCAAACGCCAUUCGCGCAAGACUCUCGUCAAGCGCCACAAUGCACACCUCAAGACAAUGCCGGAUCCAGCAACGGGCGACAACGAAGCCCGCCCGGUAAAGCAGGUCGUUCUGUCCGAAGCGUACCCGGCGUCGUACAAGUCGAUCCGCGAGCUGGACGUGAUGCCGCUGGCCGCGCUGCGCAUCGAGACGCACCACCGCGGCCGCAUGGUGGUCGUGCAGGCGGCGACGGCGGCCUACCGCGGCGUCGGGUCGGUGUCGGUGGUGGUGGACGCGGCGGGCGACGCCGACAAGCUGGCGGUGUACAACCACAGCGACACGUCGCUGCUGUCCAACCUGCCGGCGGGGUGCGUGGUGGCGGUCAAGGAGCCGUACUACAAGCGCAACGACGGGGGGCCGUCGGCGGCGGAUUUCAUGAUUUGCGUGGAUCACCCGUCGGACGUGGUGCUGCUGCGCUUCGACGACCCGCUGGUGCCGGCCGCGCUGCAGCUGCCCGCCGACAGCCGCGCGGCGCUCGACAAGACGCCGCACGAGUGGCGCGCGGCCGGCGACAUGGCGUUUCUGCAGCGCGACCUGCCGACGGCGGCGUUUUGCUACACAGAGGCCGUGGUGGCGGCAAAGGACACGGACGCCACGGCCUCUACGUUUACAGCUGGUGUCUACGCAAAGCGCGCCGGUGUCAAUCUGCUGCUGGGCCGCUACGACGGCGCCCGCGACGAUGCACUGGCGUCGUGCACGGGCCAUGCGGCGACGGACUGGCGCGCCUACUAUACGGCCGCCCGGGCGGCCUAUGGACUGUGCCACUACGAGACGAGCCGGGCGUACUUUGCCAAGGCGCUGGACGCGCAAGCGAGCGUCAGCGUCUCGUCCACCGUGGACGCGGCGCUGCAGCGCGAGUCGGACCGCUGCCUGGCGCGUCUGCGGGAAGAGACAGAGGGCACCGACGAGGCGUACGAUUUCCCGGCCAUGUACGCGUCGCUGAGCCUGCAGACGAACCCGGUGCAGGUGCACCUGGACCGGGGCAGUUUUCUGCGCAAGACGGCGGUGCGGCGGUCCGCGUUCCACGGCAACGGGCUGUUUGCGACGGAGGACAUGGCGGCCGGCGACAUUGUGUUUGUCGAAAAGGCGGCCUUUAUGCCCAGCCAGUACCUGGAGCCGGCGCGCGCGUCGGCGGCGCUGUAUGCGACCAUGGUGCGGCACAUGUGCGACAACCCGUCGGUGGCGGCCGAGGUGCUGCAGCCGCUGUACGGCGGGGAUCUGGCGCGGUCCGGGCGGGAAGGCACGCUGGUCGACGGCGUGCCGGUGGUCGAUGUGUUUUUGGCCGAGACGAUCCGCGUGCGCAACUGCUUCAGCGCGCCCCUCGCCACGCUCGACGACACGCGGCCCGAGCCGGGGCGCGGACACGGAGCCGCGUACUGUCUGCUGGCCAAGGGCGUGUGGAAGCACGCGUCGUACCUCAACCACAGCUGCGUGCCCAACACGAUGCGCGCGUUCCUCGGCGACAUCCUCAUCAGCCGCGCCACGCGGCCGAUCCGCGCGGGCGACGAGCUGUUCCACCAGUACGUCCCCGUCAAGGCCGACGUGCGCGCGCGGCAGGCCGAGCUGCAGGCCGCCUGGGGGUUUGUGUGCGCGUGCCCGCUGUGCCGCGUCGACGCCGCGACGGACGCCACGGAUGCCGCGCGGGCGGGCCACGCGCAUCGCCGGUCCCUCCUCCAGGCCGCCGAGAAGCUGGCCAACAAGCACCCGCCGCAGCGCCUCCCACCGGACGCGGCGGUGCGCGCCAUGGAGCGGCUGGCCAAGCAAAUGGCAGCGAGCUACGACGCAGACGGCGGCGACGUGGAAGCAGCGUUCGGGCCGGGCCAGCCGCGCCUGGGGCUCGUGUAUCCGACCAUGUGGCUGCUGCGCGCGCACCGCUGCCGCCGACGGCACGCCAAGGUGGUGCGGUACGCGGCCCAGACGCUGCGGUGCUUUGGGUACGGCGUGCCGUCGACGCACGACGGCAGCCGCAUGUACAGCCGGCCGGGGAUGCCGCUGCACACGGUGCACGUCUUCAGCGCUCUGGCCAUCGGCGGCGAGGCGCACCGGGCGCUGGGCCACGACAGCGAAGCGGACGCGUUUGGUGCGGCGGCGCGGCUGGGGUUUCGCAUGGUGACGGGGUUCUCCGAGGACGUCAGCGUUAUCAAUGAGGAUGACGAGGGGGCGCAGGCUUAG